AUGCAACUAGGUGGACAAAGUAUUGUCGAUCGACUUUUAGCUGCAAAAAAUACUAUAUCUGGACAACUUGUAGCUAAAGUUGUAUGUAAAGCAACAACAGAAGAAAUCAUAGGACCUAAACGAAAACAUCUCGAAUUUCUUUUACAAGCAACACAUGACAUGAAUGUUUCGAUUCCUGAAACUGCUGAUCUUUUAAUUGAACGUUCACAAAAUUCUUCAUGGGUUGUUUCAUUUAAAUCAUUAAUUACAAUUCAUCAAUUAAUGUCAUAUGGAAAUGAACGUUUUGAAGCUUAUAUGGCAUCACAUAAUUAUCAUUUACAACCAGCUGUUAUGAUUGAUCGCAUGGGAAUGCCUGGCACUGAUAUGUUAAUAUAUAUUGGUCGAUAUGCUGAUUAUUUAAAUGAAAAACGUGAAGCUUAUAAAUUAAUGGGUUAUGAUUUUUGUAAAAUAAAACGAGGAAAAGAUGAUGAACUUUUGCGAACAAUGCCUAUUGAUAAGUUAUUUAAAACUUUACCUUUGCUUCAAAAACAAAUUGAUGCUAUACUUCAUUUUGAUAUCACACCUAAUCAGUUGACAAAUAGUGUUAUACAUAAUUGUUUUUUUCUUCUUACCAAAGAUCUUAUUUAUCUAUAUGCUGCUUAUAAUGAAGGAAUAAUUAAUUUACUUGAAAAAUCUUUUAAUAUGAAUAAAAAACAAUGUCGUGAAGCACUUGACAUGUAUAAAAAGUUUCUCGAUCGAACAGAUCAAGUAUCUCAAUAUCUUAAAAUAAGUGAACGUUAUGAACAAUUAUUUGAUCGACGUUUUUGGGAAGGGUCAUCUGCUGGAGAUCGUGGUGACAUGACUGAUUUAGCGCGGGCUUCAACUAGUCUUUUAGAAUCAUUGGAAAAUCAUUUAGCUUACCUAGAAGGCAAAAAACCAUCACUACAAACGUUAGUCUCAAAAAAUUCAACAGAACAAGAUACAAAAAGCUUUUCUCGUGGUUUUGUUGCUAAUGUUAGUGAUGAUCCACAAUCAGUUCUUCAAGAAGAAACGAAAGCUCUAGCAAAAUUGAAUAUAAAAAAAGAAGCUUCAUCGCCACCAUCAGUUCCCACUUCAACAAUAAUAACAACAAAUGAAAAUCUCUUCGGUAGUACAGAUUUCUUUUCUCAACAACAACAGCAACAACAACAACAACAACAACAAUUAUUUACGGAUGAUAUAUUUUCAUUAGCCACACCAUCAUCUCAAACAAGUACAAAUACAUUUCCUGCAUUUCAAAAUGUUCUUGAUACAUCGUCAUCGAAACCAAAUGUGUUUGGUAAUGUUCUUCAGCCAACUUCGGUAUCAACAAAUAAAAAUCCUAAUUCAAUGCCACCAUUGAUCAAUGAUCAAAAGACACCAACAAUUACUAAACCACUUCAAUCAGGUGAUCUUAAUUCAUCGCUCAAUCAAUUAGUUGACCAUCUUAAUAUAAAAGAUUACUCGAAAAUUGGAAAAGAUCAUCAAUGGACAGCAAAUGAUGCAAAAAAUCAACAAAUAAUUGGUCUACCAGCAGGAACUACAAAUACACCUGGAACAAUAUGGCCAAAUUCUUCAACAAUGAGUUUACCGUUUAGUAGUAUGAAUGCUCAAUCAGAUUCGGUGUGGCAACAACCAUCACCUACAUCUUCGAUAAAUAAUCCUUUUGUUGUAUCUAGUGGAUCAUUAUCAAUGGAUUUCAAUGGUAUAAGUAAUCAACCAACCAAUCUUAAUACAAAUCCAUUUGCUGCUCAACCACUCUAUGGCACUACUAUGGUUAAUCAACAACAGGUGAAUAAUCCAUUUGGUGAUCUUUAA